AUGCUAAGGACACAGGUAUGGUCUCCAAAUUACGCGAAUUGUUCCAAAUAUAGACGCUCUUUCUCAUCUCUACCUAAGGUCUUGAGGCUAGCUGAAUUAUUCAAUAAAUUAAUGUGUAAGCAAAAAGUGCCUCGAAAUUGUGACUCUCUUAUAAGUUUAAAUGUUAUUGGUUUGGCUGGAAUUUUCUUGGUUCUUAGAAGGCUUAGAAGUGACACAGUAAAAAGGACACGCACAAAUGCAUUUUGCAAAGCAAAUAAUGACAGUGUUUUUUUGCAUGGCUCUACACAAUCAAAUGGGUCCCCUCGUAGGAUUAGAAUGAAAGUAAUUUAUAAAAUUAUGCCCAACCGUGUUAAGUCUUCCAAAUUAAUUUGUGUAGCGACGGAAAAAUUCAAAGCUCCAACAAAUUUGGACAUCCACUUUCAUAUCUGCAAAUUUAAUCAGGCUCAAGGGAAAAAAGGAGUUUUUGGGAGGGAGAAGAGAAUUACACUUGCCUUAGCAACCAUUCAUCACCGGUUUGAAAUGGAAUUUUACACUUUUAAUUACCUAAUGGAGUUGAUUGUUAUUUUUCCUCUGAAAAUGUGUUUUUUCAUUAAAGGUUUUACUAUAAACUCCUUACUUUUAAAUCCUAUUAACUUGUCAAUUUACAGUGAUUUAAAAAGUUUUUUUUCAAAGAAAAGACGGGUUUUUAACUACUCCUACUCAAAUAAAACGCUAAAAAGCAACUACUUUUUAUCAGAAAGAGUUUUACUGGAUACGCAGCUGCCACCUGAAAAGGUACGAUAUUCAGCCAAAGAAAUAUUAAAAAGGGAAGCAUUGAAGUCAAUUAUUUUUCUCCUUUGUUUAAGACUGUCUAAGUUAUUACAGUUUAAUAGAAAACAAAGGUCAUUCCUGCUGGCUUUUUACGUCCAAAAUUCAUAUUGUUGGAAAAAGGAGAUAAGAGAAAAAAAAUAA